UGAAAGAUCUCUCUGCUUUUAUCCUUCCCCUGCUCCUUUAUAACUCCAGUUUGAUUGGGGCGAGCAUCAGAGACAAGUAUUCACACUAUUCAAGAGCAGCGAGAAUCUGUCUAUUCAUCCCAGGACCCUGGGACUCUCUACCUAUUCAAGCUGAGACGGUCUGCUGAGCUUCAGAGACUCACGCCCCAAUCUUUCAGCUACUCGAGAUAGCAGAAAAUCAGUUUGAGUCUGCCAAUAAGAGAAAAUGGCCACUAAAAUGAUGUCAAACUACUUGAAUGAAACAUACGAGGAGAAGAUCCGGCCUUGUAUUGACCUCAUUGACUCGCUGAGAGCUCUUGGGGUGGAGAAGGACCUGGCUUUGCCAGCAAUCGCUGUGAUUGGUGACCAGAGCUCCGGAAAAAGCUCAGUUUUGGAAGCCCUUUCUGGAGUCAGUUUGCCAAGAGGCAGCGGGAUUGUGACUAGAUGCCCAUUGGAACUUAAACUUUGUAAAGGAAAGACUGAUUCAGAAUGGAGCGGAAAAAUCAGCUAUUUAACAAUAAACCAAGAGCUUCAAAGUCCUUCGGAAGUUGAGAAAGAAAUAAUGAAAGCUCAGGAUGCAAUGGCUGGCUCAGGAUAUGGGAUCAGUUCUGACUCAAUUAGUUUAGAGGUGAGAUCACCAGAUGUUCCAGAUCUAACACUCAUCGACUUACCCGGAAUUGCGAGAGUUGCUGUGGGCGGUCAACCUAAAGACAUUGGAGACAAGAUUAAACGAUUGAUCAAACAAUAUAUACAGAAGCAGGAAACAAUCUGCUUGGUGGUUGUGCCGUGCAAUGUGGAUAUAGCGACAACGGAAGCACUUGAAAUGGCGAGGGAAAUCGAUCCUAAUGGUGAAAGAACUCUGGGCAUUCUUACCAAACCUGAUCUGAUUGACAAAUGUACAGAAGAAAAUAUAGUUAACAUUGUCAACAACAACGUAAUACACUUAAAGAAGGGCUAUAUGAUCGUAAAAUGCAGAGGGCAACAGGAGAUUCAGGAAAGGCUGUCAUUAAAGGCGGCUACUGAGAGGGAGAAAGCCUUCUUUGAAGACCACGAGUAUUUCAGUGAACUUCUGGAUGGAGAGAAGGCCACCAUUCCUCUUUUAGCUCAACGACUCACGGCAGAACUUGUGGAACACAUUAAUAAAUCACUUCCCACCCUGGAGGACCAAAUAAAAACCAAACUUCAACUUACUAGGGAUGAAUUAGCAACGUGUGGCACAGGAGUACCGGAAGAUGAAAGCGAGCAGCUGGCUUUCCUUGUUGAGAAAAUCCAACAAUUUAACCAAUGUAUUGCUCGUGCCACACAAGGAGAGGAAUUCAUAACUUCGGCAAAAAACCCAAAACUUUUUUCAAAAGUUCGGGAACAUUUCAACUCUUGGCAAAACAAACUUGAUGACAGCAUUGAGGAAUUUAAUUUUGAUCUAAAAGAAGAAGUUGCUGAAUUUGAGACAUUGCAUCGGGGACGAGAACUGCCAGGAUUUGUAAAUUAUAAAACAUUUGAGGCUAUUGUGAAAGAUAAAAUCAGUCAAAUGGAAGAGCCUGCCAGAGAAACUUUACACAAUGUUACUGAUGUGGUGGGAAAAAUGUUUACAGAACUUGGUGUGCAACACUUUGAGAAUUUCCAGAAUCUUUACAGAGUCUGUAAGGCUAGUAUUGAAAAUCUAAGACAAUCACAAGAAGCAAAUGCAGAUACUUUGAUUAAAACUCAGUUCAUGAUGGAGGUUAUGGUUUAUGCCCAAGAUAAAUGCUACAGAAAAGAGCUGCUUUCUAUUCAAGGCAAUCAGGAUGGUGUCCAGACGAAGCAAUAUGCCAUACCUCAGCCUAUUGAUCUGUUGCAGUGCUCAGUGAAGGAAAUGACCCUUCAUCUAGAAGCGUAUUUCAAAAGUGCUGCAGAUCGCCUCUCCAAUCAAAUCCCCUUGAUUAUUCAGUUUCACAUACUGCAAGAAUAUGGGAAAAAACUGCAAAAGGAUAUGUUGAAAAUUCUACAAGACAAGGAAGAACACAGCACCCUUCUCAAAGAGAACAGAGACCUCACCAGCACCAGGAAUUUUCUAAAACAAAGGAUCAGUCGCCUGUCAGAAGCUCAUAAGCGCUUGAUUGGCUUUCCAGGUUAAACAUCAGUGCAUACAGGCUUUGGUUAAAGAACCGAAGCCACACAUGGUAAAAUGUCUAGGACAUAAAUGCACUAAGAUUUAGGUCAUUUCUUAUAUACAAUCACAAUUAUUUAUAAAGUGUCAACAUUUUCAGCAGCUCUGCUCCAUAGGUAAUAUAAGACAAAGAAUUCUAUAAGUAGAGAGGACCCUGCCAAAACAAGUAUACCAUCAUUUAUAAAUGUGAUUGAUGUGAUAUAUCUGCAUUUUCACUUUCUGUACAUUCUGUACUUUCUGUACAUACAGUGUCCUACGGAGCUUUAUUCAGGAAAUUAGUAAAAAAAGAACAUUUAGUUAUCAUAAAAUUCUCCACCUCUAUGACUUUCCAACUCUUCCUCUUUUAAGGCCAGUCAUUUCUCAAACUCCUUUCAUUGGUGCGUGACACAGUGGAGGAUUUUUGAGUACGGUGUUAAAUUUCUUCUUUUACAUCUGU